AUGAUUAUGGUUGAAGAAGAUAGAGUACAAUCACUCAAGGUGAUAGAGCUCAGAGACAAGAUAUUGGAAUCUAAUAAGGAUUCAAAAGAUCCUGAUUUCAUACGGUUAAGAAUAGAGAAGAAAUUAAGAGAUGAUUUCCAAAAGACAAAAGAAUAUGGGAAAUAUUUGAAAAGUGGGAGAGUUGAUAAGAUUGAUACUAGAAGAAGGCAUAAGCUCGUUACUCCUAUCAAGGAUUUACAAGAUGCUUAUUACGAGAAGUAUAAACCAAGAAAAGAUCGUGAUACUGAAGAAUCAGAGAAUCAACAACAAAAUGUUAAACAAGAAAAGAAAUCAAAACAUAAUAAACCCACUACAGAGUCGUUUUAUGAUGAUGAUGACGAACAUGAUGAUGAUGAUUAUAGUAUAAACGAUGAUCAAUCCCAAACCAAAUCUUCACAAAGUCCAAGUAUACCGUAUUUAAAACAAGUCUACGGUGGGAUAUUACCACCAACUUCAUCAGGUUCAAAUGCAAGUUCAAUACCUGGCUUCCAAGCUUCACCUUCACCAACAUUACAAAACUUAUUAGCACAAACCACUGGGGGAUCUCAAUCACCAAAUCAAGGAACAAUUUCAUCACCAUGGGGUGGUCAAAUGAAUCAAAUCCCACCACCUCCUACAACUCAACCUCCUGCAAUUCCUUCAGCUCCAACUCCUUCUCAAGCUCCAACUCCAAUGCCACCAUGGGGAUUUGCAUUCCCUCCACCAAUUCCAGGUGCAAUGCCAUUCAAUCCUAAUAUGUUUGCAAACCCAACACAAUGGUUUAAUACAUUUUCAAAACAACAAAAUAAUCAACAACAACAAGGAUUCCCAAAUCCAUGGGGGUUCCCAAAUGUUGGAUUUGAUUUUAAUCAAGUUUAUCAACAAAAUCAAGCACAACAAUUACAACCAAAUAAUUCAACAGCUAUAAAUUAUGGUGAUGAUGGAUCAGUUACAAAUAAUCAAAAUAAUUCAAGAAAUCAACAAUCAUCACAACAAAAUAGAACACUACAACCAUAUUAA